AUGAACAUGUCAGAUAAUGACUCAGUGGUGUAUUCAGACAUGUAUGACUAUGAUUACAACUCCACCUGUGAUCAAGACCCCAAUUUGGAGUUCCCCACUGGAUCCAUGGUCUUGUCUGUGCUUUACUAUGUGCUGUUUUGUCUUGGCCUGCUAGGCAACAGCACAGUUCUAUGGGUCCUUCUCCGGCAUGUGAAGCUUCGAACUAUGACUGAUGUGUGUCUCCUCAACCUGACGCUGUCUGACCUCUUAUUGGCUGUGUCACUGCCCCUCUGGGCCUACAGUUCCCAGAACUUUGAAUCAUGCAAACUAAUAACAGGAGUUUAUCAGUUGGGUUUCUACAGUGGCACCUUGUUCGUGACCUUCAUGAGCGUGGACCGCUAUCUGGCCAUCGUCCAUGCCGUGGCAGCCAUUCGAGCAAGAACACUUCGCUAUGGCAUCACAGCCAGCAUCAUUAUUUGGGCUAUAUCUGUCACCAUGGCAACCCCUCAAGUGGUAUUUGCCUCCUUGGAGGAAGAUGGCAACAGCUCCCAGUGCCAUCCCAUCUACCCAGACGACACGGUGCAUUUCUGGAAGCUGCAGCGCAACUUCAGCGAGAACACAGUGGGCCUUUUUCUGUGCCUCCCCGUCAUGAUUUUCUGCUAUGUGAAAAUCCUUAUUGUACUGUCAAAAUCCAGGAACUCCAAAAAGAACAAGGCUGUAAAGCUGAUUUUCAUCAUAGUGUGUGUGUUUGUUGUGUGUUGGGUCCCCUAUAAUGUUACAAUUUUCCUCAAUACACUGGAGCUGCUCAAAAUCCCCCUGGCACCUGACCUGUGUAAGGCUUCAAAAACCAUUAUGUAUGCCAUGAACUUAGCUGAGUUUAUUGCGCUGUCCCACUGCUGUGUAAAUCCAGUGAUCUAUGCAUUUGUAGGAGAGAAGUUUAGGAAGUCACUGCAAAAAGUGAUGGGUAAAUACUUUGGUUGGAGCAGUGGUCCUUCCAGCCACAGGGAUACCACAGACAAAGAAACCUCCAACACACCUGUAAGAUCAGAGUAUUAAAAAUGGGUCAUGUGUUGCGCUGAUGGGUGCAACUGUUUCUGCAGCACUGCAUUUUUUUUUUUUUCUUGAAACCGAGAGACUACAAACAUCACAAAUUGUGCGUGUGUGCGUGUGCUUGUGUGUGUGCGUGUGUGGUUUGCACUUCUGAGUGGUGUAAAAAAGGUACUCGCAACAACGCUGGAGUAACAAGCAUUCAUUUCUGAAAGUGCUUAAAACAAAACACAUGUAUGACAAAU